AUGGAGGUAAAAGAAACUGACUUGGGGAAGGAGGUAAAGGCGCCAAUGCUGCCAUGUGAUAUUAACUCUUUCCAAAAUGCAAAACGACGCCUCACAGCCAGCCAGUGCUUUGCAGUUCUCUCUGAUAAUUUGAUAAAGCAGAAAGUGACUGCAGAGACAAAGAUGUCAUUUCAGAUAAUAUUGGGUUCGGCGUCAAUGGCACGACGGAAAAUACUAGCGGAGAUGGGAUAUGAAUUCACAAUCCUGACUGCAGACAUAGACGAAAAAAGUAUAAGGAUGGAUAAGCCUGAGGAAUUGGUGAUGGUUUUAGCUGAGGCCAAAGCAGAUGCCAUAAUUUCAAGGCUUCAAAGUACAAGUCAGCCGGAUGAAGAUGCUCAUGCAACACUGUUGAUUACUGCGGACACAGUGGUGGUGUAUGAAGGGAUAAUAAGGGAAAAACCAUCCAGCAAGGAAGAAGCAUGGAAUUUUAUCAAAGGUUAUUUUCAUAUCAUACCAGAGGAGAUUAUUGAUAGCCUGAUAGAGGAGGGAAUUACACUCGAUGUCGCUGGGGGUUUGAUGCUGGAACAUCCACUGAUAUCUCCUUUUGUAGAAGCAGUGGUAGGGACGACUGACACUGUGAUGGGGCUACCUAAAGAACUCACAGAAAAACUCAUUCAUGAAGCACUCCAACUGCUGUAG